UGACAGAGAAAUGAUAGAAAGACAGAGUAGAGUGAGGGAGAAAUAGGUAGGAAGAAAAAACCGAAGGGAAAAAGGAGGGAAAACCAGUUCGAGUGGGAAAGAAAUGGAUAGAAAGAAAGUGAGAGAGAAUAUAUUUACAUUGAGAGAGAGAGUUAGAGUGAGCGAGUGAGUGAGUGACAGACAGACAAACAGGCGGUAGGAAUAGACGAAAAUGUGUAACAAACAAAGAGAGAGAAAGAGGGUAGUGAGAAAUAGAAGUAGUGAAAGUUAGUAAAAGUUUUCAAAACUAUAAAAGUGAGCAUUCGUUCCGUGUUAAAAAUAUUCUGAAAUUUGAAGUUUGCUUUACCAUGCACAAAGAAUUUCGUAAGCCGUGUGUGAUUUCGGAUUACAGGAAUAUGUGGUGAGAGUUUGCCGCUUAUACUAGACCAACAACAACCUCACACUAACACACAUAUACAUAUAUAUAUACAUACAAACACACACAAACAUAUAUAUAUAUAUAUAUGAAUAUACGUCCGCACACAUACAUAUAAUAACGUGUUGUGUAGUUAGUUGCUGAAAUCUUCGUACUUGUUGAUUAUAAUAAUCAAAGAAGAAAACUUUAAAGAAAUCGGCUUCUAAAACAUCUAAAACAUGCUUGAUCUAUUUUCCAAGCCAUUCAUGGCUUCUUAUUUCCUGUCCAAACUAUAGAACAUAAAAGCCACUGUCAGUUAAAAAAAAACUAAUACACACAUACGUACAUAUACACACACAUAUAAAUACACACACAUGUAUAUGAAUAUAUACAUGUGUGUGCGUAUCUCUUUUAAAUUGGGAAAUUUAACAGAGUUUUCUGUGAUAAACUCUGAGUAAUAGAAAGAUUUUCUCAACUUCAAACACUCAUAUGCAUUACCUCCGCAACUUAGAAUUGAUUACUCUCUUAGUUUUGUAAUACACACACACUCACACACUAUAUAUAUAUACUUUUGAUGAAAAAAAGUGUAUAAUAUAACCUAUUGGAAUAAAAACUUGUUUCUGCUGUGAACCAUAAAGCAAUACUAACCACUUCACCAAAGUGACACCACAACUUCAUCCGUCCAAAUUAAAAACCUUAACCAAACAAGAUUCCUACAUAUGUAUGUGUAAGACAGAGAGGGAGAGAGAGAGAGAGAGACACUAAAAGCACAGAUUUGUAACAGAAACAGAUCAGGCCCUUUGGUAUAAACCAAACCGUGUAUUCUAUCAAUCCAAUUUAGAAUUAAAAAUUGUCAAACUAUUCCAAAAUGAAUACGUCUACCAACACAACGACUUCUGAGUCAAAAGAAUUAAGUACAAUUGACAUGGUUCUCUUAUUUGUUGUUGUUCUACUGCCAGUGGUAUGUAACUUGGCCUAUACCAUAUAUAGGUUUAUCACCAAAAAAAAUACUGGUCGCAGAGUUGCUGUUAACACCAUACCAGUGGCAUUAUCGCUUACAGCAAGUUACCUUUCAGCCAACACAAUAAUGGGAGUACCAGCUAUUAUGAUAAACCAAGGACUCACAUACUGGUUCCUGAUUUUAGUUUUUCCAAUCUCCAUGGCUAUUGUGGCACAUUUGAUUCUUCCAGUGACUUAUAAUGCAAAUCUACCUGAUAUUUAUAAGUACCUUGAGUUACGCUAUUCACGUUGGUUUCGCUUGCUUGGAGCAGCAGUGUUCUGCAUUCUUCAGAUGGUCUACCUGUCAAUUGUUCUUCAUGGACCUGCUAUUUUCUUUGAGUUAAUUCUCAAAAAAGAUUCAACAGUAUCCAUAAUAUCCAUUGGUUUGAUCUGUUCCUUGUACACAGCAUUAGGUGGACUAAAAGCCAACACUUAUAUUGAGGCUUUUCAAUUAAUUACAAUGUUUAUUGGUCUUCUGGCCAUUGUUAUCUCUACCUUUUCUUCGAGGAACGUUGCAGAGGUUUUCUACAAUGCAACAAUUAAUGAUACAGCUGCUUCUAUGUUUCAAGAAGGCAAAAACUACUCCGUCACAUCAACAAUAAUUGGUGGAACUGUGCUCUAUGCAUCAAUUUAUGCUGUGAACCAGUCUCAAGUGCAAAGAUAUUUUUCAUGCUCUUCACUGAAAAAAGCUAAAUGGAGCCUUUGGUUGAACAGCCCGGGUUUAAUUGUGAUUGUCUCCCUUUGUUGCAUGCUCGGUGCAGUUCUUAGGACAAGUGAACUCAAAAAAGAGUCUAAAAUAGACAAGCAAGCUGCUAGAUUCAUGGUGGAGGAGGUCGACGUAGGGGUUGCUGGACUGUUUGUUGCAGGUGUCUUUAAUGCUACAAUGAGUUCAAUAUCCUGUGGACUUAGUGCUACUAAUAGUGUUUUGUUCAGAAACUUACUACCAAAAUGCAUUACACAAAUGCGGAACUCAGAAGUGGCUUCAAGUAUAUUGUCUUUUUUUGUUGGAAUAUUGUGCAUAGGUUUGGCCAUUUUGAUCAAGAAUCAGCAAGGCAUCUUAAAGGCAUCUUUCUCCUUUUAUGGAAUAUUUUGUUGUCCAAUGUUUGGAAUAUUUAUUUUGGGGAUAUUUUUCCCAUUUGUUCAUAAAUGGGGUGCCUUGGUGAGUUUGAUCGUAACAAUUCCAUUCUUACUUUCACUUUACAUUGGAAAUACAAUGAUGCCAAAUCCUGACUUUGCAAAGCCAUUGCAGAAUCUUUACAGCAUCAAUUUCUUCUGGUAUGGUCCUUUAGGUAUCACCAUGGUCAUUAUAAUUGGCAUUGUAUUCAGUAAAAUUAUUGGUGGAUUCCAAGACCCUUCAGAUGUGCCACGUUAUCUCUUAAGCCCUAUCACCUUAAAGAUCAUGGACAGACGGAAGAAAUAUGAACCUGAAGGAGAUGAAAAGUUCUAUUUACAAACCAUGGACAGCACUGAAACGCAAAAACUUAAUGUCAGUGAUGCAUAAAUUCUUAUAGAUCCUUUCAGCUAUGGUCUCAUAUGCCUUGGAGAAGAGAGCUGAUGUUUUAUGAUGGGCUGGAACAUGGGUUAGGCAUUAUUUUUAACAUCUACUUAUAAAAUAUCAUAAACAAAGGUUUGGAACCUGAUCUAAAGGUAAUGUCCUUCCCCUGGUUUUGGAGCCAUUGAGAAAAAAAUCAUAAGCACUACACUUUCUCUAAGUCUUGUCAAAAAAAAUUUUAAAUAGUGAAAAAAUUUUAAUAUCCUUUUGUAUUAAGAUACUUUCAUACUUUCAUCUAAAAAAAAACUAGAAAAAAUUAAACAAAAA